AGACAGUUUUACAUGUAUUGGAGACCAGACCAGAAGCACUUCUGAAUUAAGAUCCCAGAUUCUUUGCAUUGACAUUGAAGAGCACUAAGAUCAGAAGAUGAGUGAACUUGACCAGCUACGGCAGGAGGCUGAACAGCUUAAAAACCAAAUUAGAGAUGCAAGAAAAGCAUGUGCAGAUGCGACUCUUUCUCAGAUCACAAACAACAUCGACCCUGUGGGACGAAUCCAGAUGCGAACCAGGAGAACGCUGAGGGGGCACCUGGCCAAGAUUUAUGCCAUGCACUGGGGCACAGAUUCCAGGCUGCUAGUUAGUGCCUCGCAAGAUGGCAAACUUAUCAUCUGGGAUAGUUACACCACCAACAAGGUCCACGCCAUUCCUCUGCGCUCCUCUUGGGUCAUGACCUGUGCAUAUGCCCCUUCUGGGAAUUACGUGGCUUGUGGUGGCCUUGAUAACAUCUGCUCCAUUUACAAUCUUAAAACUCGUGAAGGAAAUGUACGCGUUAGCCGUGAGCUGGCCGGACACACAGGUUACCUGUCCUGCUGCCGCUUCCUGGAUGACAAUCAGAUCGUCACCAGCUCUGGAGACACCACCUGUGCACUAUGGGACAUAGAGACUGGCCAACAGACAACCACGUUCACAGGACACACUGGAGACGUCAUGAGCCUGUCCCUUGCUCCAGACACCAGAUUGUUUGUUUCUGGUGCUUGUGAUGCUUCGGCCAAGCUCUGGGAUGUGCGAGAAGGGAUGUGUCGACAAACUUUCACUGGCCACGAGUCUGACAUCAACGCUAUCUGCUUCUUUCCAAAUGGCAAUGCAUUUGCCACUGGCUCAGACGAUGCUACCUGCAGGCUGUUUGACCUCCGUGCUGACCAGGAACUUAUGACAUACUCCCAUGACAACAUCAUCUGUGGAAUCACCUCUGUCUCUUUCUCCAAGAGCGGGCGCCUCCUUCUCGCUGGCUACGACGAUUUCAACUGCAACGUCUGGGACGCGCUCAAGGCCGACAGGGCUGGUGUCCUGGCUGGGCAUGACAACCGUGUCAGCUGCCUGGGGGUGACUGAUGAUGGCAUGGCCGUGGCAACAGGUUCCUGGGACAGCUUCCUCAAGAUUUGGAACUAA